AUCAGCAAAUUGGAAACAUUCUCAAAUGUGUUGUCACUGAUCGAAGCAAAUGAAAAGGACUGGCGCUUUUGGUACGAAGCCGAAAAACCUGAAAACGAGGAAAUACCAUGUGGCUAUCAGGAAUCUCUGGACGGCUUCCGAAAGCUGUUGCUAGUGCGCUCAUGGUGUCCGGACCGUACAAUUGCACAGGCUAAGAAGUACAUAGAGGAAUCUCUAGGCCCGGAAUACAGCGAGAUGCAGAUAUUGGACCUCGAAGUUACUUGGGGAGAAUCAGAGCCCCGCACGCCAUUCGUUUGCCUGCUAUCAAUUGGUUCAGACCCCACCACACAAAUCGCAGCUCUGGCUAAGCAAAAGGGCAUACCUUUGAAAUCGGUAUCCAUGGGCCAGGGCCAGGAAUGCCAUGCACGCAAAAUGAUAAUGGACUCAAUGUCCGGCGGUGGCUGGGUGUUGUUGCAGAAUGUUCAUCUCUCAUUGCCGUUCUGUUCGGAGGUCAUUGAUAUGCUGGUGGAGACGGAACACAUCGACGAUACGUUCCGCAUGUGGGUGACCACUGAACCACAUGCAGAUUUUCCAAUAGGCUUACUCCAAAUGGCCAUUAAAUUCACCAAUGAGCCGCCGCAGGGCAUACGCGCCAGUCUAAAGCGCAGCUACCAGGCUUUCACGCAAGACUUCCUCGACUACACCGCCGCGUCGCAAUGGCCACCACUGCUGUACACAGUGGCAUUUCUGCACACCAUCGUGCAGGAGCGUAGGAAGUUCGGGCCGCUGGGUUGGAACAUACCGUAUGAGUUUAAUCAGGCGGACUUUGCGGCGAGCGUGCAAUUCAUACAGAAUCACUUGGACGAAAUGGAUCCGAAGAAGGGAGUCUCAUGGCAGACGCUGGUCUACAUGAUUGGAGAGGUGCAGUACGGUGGUCGCGUGACUGAUGAUUUUGAUAAGAGACUGCUGACCACAUUCACGGCGGUGUGGUUUUGUGAGGGACUCUUGAGCAACUCAUUCGAAUUCCACAAAGGAUACAAAGUGCCGAAUACGAAGAGUUUGCAAGGCUUUGUCGACUACAUAAACAGUUUGCCAGCUUAUGACACGCCAGAAGUUUUCGGCUUGCAUUCCAAUGCUGACAUCACGUAUCAAAUUAAUUCGGCUAAAGGUAUUUUGGACACUAUAUUGAGCGUACAACCGAAGGAGGGUGGUGGUGGUGGUGGAGAGUCACGCGAAAGCAUCGUCUAUCAGCUGGCGGACGACAUGCUGCGCAAGCUUCCGUCACAGUAUAAUGCUUACGAGGUGCGUGAGAACCUGAUGCGCAUGGGAAUUCUCCUGCCGAUGAACAUCUUUCUCAGGCAAGAGAUUGAUCGCAUGCAGAAAGUGAUUAAGAAGGUGUACACAUGCUUGUGCGACUUGAAAUUGGCAAUUGAUGGCACCAUUGUGAUGAGUCCAGCAUUGAAGGAGUCCUUGGAUGCCAUGUAUGAUGCACGCAUACCGGAGUCGUGGAUGAAGAUAUCCUGGGAAUCUACAACUCUGGGCUUUUGGUACACUGAGCUACUCGAACGAAAUGCACAAUUCCGAACUUGGAUAUCUACGGACCGACCCAAGGUCUUUUGGAUGACGGGAUUCUUUAAUCCCCAAGGAUUUUUAACUGCUAUGCGUCAAGAAGUCACACGCGCUCAUAAAGGUUGGGCCCUGGACUCCGUGGUGUUGCAAAAUCAAAUAACUCGCUACAACAAGGAAGACAUCUCCGAAUACCCCACCGAAGGUGUCUACGUGCAUGGCCUGUUCCUGGAAGGUGCUUCGCUAGAUCGACGCAGCGGAAAAUUAAUCGAGUCCAAAAUGAAAGUGCUCUACGAACAAAUGCCGGUUAUUUACAUCUAUGCUAUUAAUACAACUGCAGGCAAGGACCCAAAACUCUACGAAUGUCCUAUCUAUCGAAAACCGCAACGAACAGAUGCCAAAUACGUCGGUUCCAUUGACUUUGAGACGGAUUUCAAUCCGAAGCAUUGGACUUUGCGUCGGCGUGGCGUUGCUAUGUGACAUCAAAUAAACGAAACAUUUCAAUAGUUCUUGCGUUGGAAGAGAGGGCGUUCGCCGGGAACGGGAUGGUAAUGUUUACAGCCACGUGCUUGUUGUUUUCAUUUCAUUGUUUAGGUGCGCAUGCAAUGUUUAUGGUUUGUGAGUGUGGGUGGUCUUAAAAGACUUACAUAUAUGUAUAAAUGUAUGUGGUAUUUUGUUUAUUUAUUACCACAAAUACAUAUGUAUUAGA